AUAGACGCCGAGUGGAAUUCAGCUUAUCCUCUCUGGGGUUCUCAGCGCAUGAUCCUCGCAGUCAUCGGUUUCUUCGGAUUUGUCAACCUGUAUGCUCUGCGCAUCAACCUCAGCGUUGCUCUCGUCUGCAUGGUUAACUACACGGCCAUCGACAUGGCCUCACAAAAUGGGAAUACGUCGGACUUCCAUACGUCAGCAGCUGACGUUGACAAGUGCGGAAGUGGAGGAACAGAAGACAAAGGAGACUCAGAGGAUGGCCCGUUCCUGUGGGACAAGCAACAGCAAGGCUUGAUUCUGGGUUCGUUCUUCUGGGGCUACCUGGUGACGCAGAUUCCCGGUGGCUGGAUCUCUGAGCGCUACGGAGGGAAGCGAGUGUUCGGUUACGCCAUGCUACUGACGGCCAUUGCCACGUUGCUCACACCUCUCGGUGCCCGUAAGCAUUGGAUGUUGCUGGUAUUCCUGCGCAUCGUGCAAGGUCUGGGAGAGGGUGCCGUGUUCCCAGCCAUGCACACAAUUUGGUCGCAUUGGGCACCACCGCUAGAGAGGAGUAAACUUGUGGGCUUCACUUAUGCCGCUGAAAUUGCGAGCGAAAACUACCGCAUACAGAGGUGCGCGUGUGGACGGUGA